AUUGGUUUAACGUUUAACCGCCAAAAUGUCAGAUUAAAAUUUUCUGUUGUGUACAAAGCGAGCGAACGCCAGUCGUCAUCUGUCACGAUUACUUAAAGUUUUAGACGGCUUUAGAGGACUGAACCGAAGAAGCACUGUACAUCAUGUGGAACGAACAGAUCAACGGGCUCAUGACGGGCCUGGCCACUCAAAUUGAAGCGUCUUUUGAACCAGUGCAAGCCAAAGUUCAAGAAAUCAAUACUUGGAUGGAUCAACUAAAAGCCGACAUCAAUUCGGAGGAUUUUCAGCCUAACGCUCACUCUGAGCCAAUAGAAACAACAAGGAAAAGACAGAAAAGGACAAAAAAAAAUGCUGAAACAGGAAAAGAAACUUUGCCUGUGGAUGUAAGUCCUUUUGAUUCCAUUUUGAGCGAAAGUGGCUCAAGUAGAAUGACCCGCAGCAGUGGAGUGGCAAAAAAUGUGAACAAGGAAAGUGAUCUGAAAUUCAAUAUCAGUGAAGAAACUUUCACCAUUCCCACUCGCAGUAGUAGGGCAGCUUCAAAGGCUGCUGCCAGCAAGAUCAACUCUCAGUUAAAUAUAUCUCUUACCAAAAAACUGAGGAGACCAUCAUCUGAAGGAAGAACGGAGGCAUCCAUGGAAUUCAUUCCCCCUGUGUCUUCCACCGUGUUAGCAUGUAAGAAUGAUGGACCUUUUCUCAAUACAAGUCCUGGGCCGAGUGUUAAACAACAAAUCCGAGUGUUCGAAAAACUCACUGCUCAAUCUUCCCCGGUCCCUGAAGUAGGAGAAUCAAGUGACAAAGAAAGUUUGCCAAAAACUCCUGCUGCACGUGUAACACGGUCUAAGGCUCGGUUCUCAGGAAAGACAAAAAAGAGCGGCUCAGGAACUAAAACGUUAAUAAUCAAACCUAAGGUACUACAACUCAAGGUGAAGAGACUGUCAACUGGUGCUAAACCCAGACUUUCAGGACCUCUAGAGAAAGAUAAAGAGGUGAAAAGUGGAGCAGGAAGCUCAAAACCACAAGCAAUCUUCCCCAGCAAAAAAGAAGAGGAAGAAACUCUGAGAAAAAAAAGAGAAGAAUUAUUGAAAAAGCAAGAAAAAGAAGAAGAAGCACGGAAAAAGAAAGAGGAGUCUCUUAAAAUGCUGUCAGAAUUAUCAAAACGGAAACGAGAAGAAAAGAGAAUGAAGGCUGCUGCUGCACGAGAAGCUAAUGAGAAACAAAAGCAAGAAGCUGCCUUAAAAGUUGAAAGAGAGAAAGAAGAACGAAAGAAAAUACAGUUGGAACGAGAAGAAAAACUGAGAGAAGAACAAGCCAAAAAGCGCAAUCUAACCGCCCAGAAAGCUGCUGAGACAGAAGAAAGACGGCGCCAAGAAGAAGCUGCUCGCCAAGCUAGACUCCGUGAAAUGGCUGAGGAGCAGAAGCGAGCUGCUGCCAUCAAACUUCGGGAGCAGGAGGAAAACGCAGCUAUGAAGCGGAAAUUGGAAGAAGCAAAACAAGCAAAGAAGCUUGGCAAAGAACCAAAGAAGGAAGUUCAAGAGUACAAAUGCACACCAACAAGAGAAGAACGCCCUUUGAAAAAACCCAAAACAGAAGAUGACUACGGUGUGGAGGAUGCCUCUGCCAGCGACUCGAGUGAUGAUGAAGCAAAUCCUAAGAAAGAAAUACCUCGUUGGGCUACUGCCUCAAACCGAAAUCCGCAACUGUUGCUUCAGACGUACUAUCCGUUCCGUUAUCUUCACCAGUUCAUGUCAUGUAAGAAAGAGGUUGACCUCACACAAAUCUUCAAGUCAUCAGAGGUGAGAGUGCGGAAUAGAACAUCCAGUGCUGUGUGGUCUUCUCCUCUAUCAACAACUUUCACUCGGAAGUAGUUCAAUGUAAAUAUAGUCAUUUUUAAAACAAUAGAACAAUUAAUUUAAUUAUCUUUCAUACACACUCGUGGAAAGGAAUAAUUUCAACCAUGAUCUUAAGUUUCAUUUUAAUUUUAACGCCAAUUUUGAUAAGGGAGUUUAUUAUGAGUACUAAAUUUAAAUAGGAAGCUUUGUCUACCAGAGCAAACUUUUGAUAAACCAGGAAUCUCAUUCGCUUUAAUACGCAUUCAUAAAAGGAAAUAAUAAUUUUAACGAAGGUACUAAAUAAUAUUUUUUUGCAACUUUAUCUGGAGAACUAAAAUUGAAAUAAGAAGCUUCUCUUCAAAAUGUGAGCAAUCUUUCGAUAAACCUGUUUCAACCUAUAUCUAUUAAUACCUUAACAAAAUUUUCAAUACACAGUCCACAGCUGUGGGAAUUCUUUUAACUGUUUUAAGAUUCUCUCUCACUUUCUAUCCAUAAUGCGUGGAUUUAUGUUUGUAGAAUUGUGAUAUUUUCUCAUAUUUUUUUUUUUAUAUAAUUAGAUUUUAUAAAUUUUUAUUGUUGGAUCCUUUUGCCAUUACUUCAAUGAUAUUUUCGUUUACAUUGAUCGGUAUACUCAGAAUGGGUCUUUGGAAGACAAGAGGUGCAGUAAACUGACAAUGAGUUGACUUUAAAUGUCAGAAUUGCAUUAGAAUUAUCCAGUGCUUCACGGAAGUGAAAAAUGCUCAUUUAUUGCACAUUUCGCGUAGUUUAUAUCAUGCGUUUUCUAACAUACCAUGUCCGUUUUCUUAAUCCCUUGCAACCAGUUUUUCAAGAGAGAAAUGGAAGAGAAUCGAUUAUUUUAGAUGUAAUGAACACAUUUCCUCUUGCUUUGAGAAAUUCUUUAAAAUGAUUGAAAGUAUACAAAGUACUUGUGAUGAACAUCAAAGUAUGAUUGAAGUGUGAGAUAGAUUGAUGACCGCUUAUGAUAUCGUCUGCCUUUUUUACAUUCAGUUUUUUCAGAACAAAAAUCUCAGUUUGCUACAACUCUAAUCAUGAGGUUUUUUUGUACUAAGUUCUAAAGUCUGAGGAUUUCAUAUUGAUUCCUAUUGAGAUGGAUUUCGCUCAACCUUGUAUUUACUUUGCAACCGUGUAAUGCAUGUAUAUAAAUAUGUAAUCUACUUAAUUAUAUGGCAUUAAAUGUUUUAUACUUCUAA